CAUGAAGUUUAGGCCCGCCACGGCAUAUAAAUUAUGCGUGCUCGUGCCGGGCUGGACCAUUUAUUUCGUGCUCGUGCCGUGCUCUAACCGUGUCGUGCCGUGUUAGCCCGUGGGCGGCACGGCCCGGUGCCCACGUACAGUCACAACCACCUAAUGUUCACCAUUUGAGACAAACGCGGUGAUGUUGUUCACCGUUUGAGACAAAGGCGGUGAAUGCUGGCCGAUUUUUCUUUAAAUACCACUCCCACCAGCAGUUGUAAAAAUGUAAUCCAUCUCCCUCUUCAAAUUUCAGCAACCAAAAUCGAGCAACAUACACAGAACAGGAAUUUCUGGUAUGAUUUAAUUUUCGUAUUGUAGCCUAAUGGUUGUUUUUAGUAGUUAUAUUGUUAUGAUACGAAUUACUUAUCGUAGCAAAUAUGGCCGAUUUUAUGAAUUACUGGAAUUAAGCUUAUAGUUACUUAUUGUAAAUUGUAGAUAUGGGUAAAUUCAAGAAGUUUCAGCUUAUUAUUCGGUGGAAUGGAAGGGUGACAAACUCUGACAUAGGGAUUGAUUAUGAGGACGGUGUAUCCACUAUGCUGAAAAUUGAGUCGCGAUUCAAUUUUCAAGAACUCUGUGAUAUUUGUGCAGACAGGGUUUGUACGAGCGGACAGACGAGACUUGGUAAAAUUAGUUAUCGGUAUCCAGACAUGAAUGCUGGCGGGGUUGUGUACCAAGAAGUUGUUAUAAACGAUGAUGACGCGGUUACGAUGAUGUUACAGUUCCUAAGCGAUAACGGGAUGCGGCUUGCAGAGGUGUAUGUUGAGACCGAGGCGGUCGGUGAAACUCAUUGUCACCAGUAUUCUUAUGAUGAUGGUUUUGCAGGAGGGUACGGAUGGGGUGGUAGUUCUAGCAACUACGAAGGAGGUGGUUAUACAGGACGUUACGGAGAGGGUGGUAGUUCAAGCAAGCAUUUGCAUUAGUGGAUGGGGAACACAGAUUAAGUUGGGCAUGGUUCUUUGAUCAACUACACGAACACGUGACACAGCGGGAGGGUAUUACGAUUAUAUCCGAUCGACACGCGGGAAUUAGGAAUACCGUGGGUGGUUUUCCUGGCGAGUGGGGAUGGACAUGGCGCUGGUGUAUUCGACACUGGCUCACCAAUUUCCAGCACAAAUUUGGGAAGAAGAAAGACAUCAAAAAUCAAUUGUGGCAUGCAGG